CCGGGCGCCGAGCGCGGACGUUCACCUUGCGUGGCUUCCUGCUGCAGAUCCGAGUGGCCAGGGCCUCAGCUUCCCGCCCCGGCUCACGUCUGUGCCGUGCUGGAGUGUGCCCCAGGGCUCCUUAAGGAGCAUGGCGAGGCGAACGUGCUGGGCGCACGGCCCUGCGCGCAUCCGCGGGAUGCCACGCCGCAGGGAGCAGGUGAAACGGCCAAGAUUUGCCUCCCUCCACCGGACUUCCGCUACAGUUUACCGCCGGAGCCUGUGAUACACAAUCGGACCUGGCUCGGGGAGAAAGGAAGCUGUGGGUGGGCGGGGGUCCGUGAGCAGAGAUUUGUGCCCUACAAUCUCCUGGACAUCUGAGUACUGCACAGAAUUCCACAGGGCACACUCAGCACGUCUUACUCGGAUGGUUUGGGGUAGAGCAGCCAUCUUGUGACUAAGAGGGAAAAUAGGAGAGGUCCAGGUAAGGCCCCGGAGCCAUCUGAUCCCUUAACCAAUACCGACGGCUUGCUAGUCCUUGAAAUUUUGUGUGUGUGAAAAGUAAAACUAUUUGCUAGGCCACGUGCAUCCGUUAGCGUGCAGGGGCACGCACCAGAAAUAACCACUGGCUGGCUCAGAUGGGAAGGGCUGGAAAGGCAGGCUCCAGGGCCGAAGCCACAGUCACGUGACCUCUGCCCGCGCUGGAGCUGGUGAAUCAGGAAGCCGCUUGCAGAGCCGGCUUGUGGUGCCUGGCCGGUCUCCGGCAAGCUGGCUUUGGAUGGAGGCUGGGUCCAGCCCAGACCGAACCCUGCUCUCCAGCUGCCAGCUGACUAAAGAGGGAUCCAGGCUGCAGGCAGAGGAGCCACCGGUGCUGCAGAGAAGACUGGCCAUGUCCGAGGCACUGUCCUGCCCCAGCACCGAGACCCCUACCCCCGGCUGCGACUUGAAGACAUUGUACUGGGCAUGCGUCCACACGACCCUGCUGAACUCCAAGCCAGGCUGGACGCCGGGGUCUCCCCGGAGGAGGCCUCCCAAGUGGACAGCAAUGGGAGGACAGGCCUCAUGGUCGCGAGCUACCACGGCUUUGGUUCCAUUGUGGCUCUGCUCAGCUGCUGUCCUUUCCUGGAUGUGAACCAGCAGGACAAAGACGGCAACACGGCCCUCAUGCUGGCCGCUCAGGCAGGUCAUGUGCCUCUGGUGAGUCUCUUGCUCAACUACUUUGCUGGCCUGGACCUGGAGCACAGGGACCAGCGGGGGCUCACGGCUCUGAUGAAGGCAGCCAUGCGGGACCGCUCCGAGUGUGUGGUCGCCCUCCUCAUGGCAGGUGCCGACCUGAGCUCAGUGGAUCCCGUCCGGGGCAGGACAGCCUUGGAGUGGGCCGUUCUGACUGACAGCUUUGACACAGUGCGGAAGAUUAGGCAGCUGCUGAGGCGACCCCGGGCAGAGCAGCUCAGCCUGUGCUACCAGCCAGAAUGGCCAGCCUUGGCCCAGCUUGUUGCCCAGGCCCAGGCCCAGGUCCAGGCCGCCCCGUCCCUCCUGGAGAGGCUGCAAGCCACCCUGAGCCUCGCUUUUGCUCAGUCUCCGCAGGAAGGGGGUGUGCUGGACCACUUCGUGACUGUCACCACCAGCUUGGCCAGUCCUUUUCUCAGCACAGCCUGCCACACGCUGUGCCCUGACCACCCCCCCACGCUAGGCACCCGAGGCAAGUCGGUGCCAGAGCUGUUGGGUACCGCCCCUCCCCCACCCCCUGCACCCCAUCCUCCUCAGGCAGUCCCCACUUCCCAGGCCUUUGUCCCCUCCCAGAGCCAUCAGCCCAUGCUCUCCCAGUGGCUGCCGUCCAGGGUCAGUCCCAGGUCCCAAGUCCCCAAGAUCCUCCUCUCUAAGGCACCUUCCCCCACUACCCAGUACGACUUGAUCCUCAGGCCUGCAGGGCACCGAAGCCUGGCUCUUCCUGUCUGGAGAUACCAGGAGAGGAAGAAGAAGGAGGAGGAAGAAGCAAAGAAACAUGGGGAGGCGGGCUAGGCCAGGCCAGAGGCAAGAGAGACCCAGUCCUGCGUGGGCCUCUUUGUGCUUCCCAAUCAUCUGUCUGCAGGAACCUGCUCUCGCCAAGUCGGAGUCUGCAGGGAGGAAUGGGACCGACCCGGUGUCUGCCAGCGGGGCACUGGCUACCGUGACUGUGGUGGAAACACGCACACACUGUAUUCUGUAUAACAUGUCACAAAGCGGGAGAAAGCAAACUGUUCUCACACGAAAUCUACAACCUGUAUCGAAUAAAGAACUGAGAACUGA